CCUCAUCACUUCCUGUGUCAUUUUAGGGGUUUGCCUACUGCCUGCCUGCGCGGAUGAAGCAGGACAGCCUGGAAAUCACAACUUGUUUUCAACAACUAGCUCAGCCUGAGGAUGGGCUUCCGAAAGCCGCCAGUGUUGCAAGGAAAGCGGCCCGGGUUGGGGGGGGGAGGGCGGACGCCGGAACCUUUGGUUCCUGUCCUCUGCAGCACGCAGCCGUCAAGCAGAAUAGCGGAAGCUUGGCGAUGGCCGCGGCCGCGCCGUCCCUGAAGCACUGGCGCACGGCGCUGGAGCGGGUAGAGAAGUUCGUGUCGCCACUCUAUUUCACAGACUGCAAUCUCCGCGGCAGCCUGUUCGGGGACAGGUGCCCUGUGGCCGCGCUCGCCAGCUUUCUGACGCCAGAACGGCUGAGCUACGAGGACGCCGUACAGCAGGAUUUCUCUCCAGCGCAGGUCGGCCACCGCUUCGGACCCACGUGGUGGACCUGCUGGUUCCGAGUGGAGCUGAUCAUCCCUGAGUCGUGGGUGGGUCAGGAAGUUCACCUUUGCUGGGAAAGUGAUGGAGAAGGCUUAGUCUGGCGUGAUGGGGAGCCAGUCCAGGGUCUGACCACAGAGGGUGAGAAGAACAGUUAUGUCCUCACCAGCAGGCUGGGAGAAGGAGACCCCCGAAGCCUGACCCUGUAUGUGGAAGUAGCCUGCAAUGGACUGCUGGGGGCUGGAAAAGGAAGCAUGAUCUCUCCCCCUGACCCAGAGAAGAUGUUCCAGCUGAGCCAGGCUGAGCUGGCCGUGUUCCACCGGGACAUCCACAAGCUCCUGGUAGACUUGGAACUGUUGCUGGGCAUAGCCAAGGGCCUCGGGAAGGACAGCCAACGCAGCUUCCAGGCCCUGUACACAGCCAACCAGAUGGUGAAUGUCUGUGACCCUACCCGGCCUGAGACUUUCCCAGUGGCCCAGGCCUUGGCUUCUCGGUUCUUUGGCCAACGUGGGGGUGACAGCCAGCACACACUCCAUGCCAUGGGGCACUGCCACAUUGAUACAGCCUGGCUGUGGCCCUUCAAGGAGACUGUGCGGAAAUGUGCCCGGAGCUGGGUGACAGCCCUGAAGCUCAUGGAACAGAAUGCCGAUUUCAUCUUUGUCUGCUCCCAGGCACAGCAGCUCGAAUGGGUAAAGAGCCACUACCCCAGCCUGUAUGCCCAGCUUCAGGCAUUUGCCUGCCAAGGGCAGUUUGUGCCCGUGGGAGGCACCUGGGUAGAGAUGGAUGGGAAUCUGCCCAGUGGAGAGGCCAUGGUGAGACAGUUCCUGCAGGGCCAGAGCUUCUUUCUGCGGGAGUUUGGGAAGCUGUGCUCUGAGUUCUGGCUGCCUGACACGUUUGGCUACUCAGCACAGCUCCCCCAGAUCAUGCGUGGCUGUGGCAUCACACGCUUCCUAACCCAGAAGUUGAGCUGGAAUUUGGUGAACUCCUUCCCUCACCACAACUUUCUCUGGGAGGGACUGGAUGGCUCACGUGUGCUAGUUCAUUUUCCACCUGGCGACUCCUAUGGAAUGCAGGGCACUGUGGAGGAGGUGCUAAAGACUGUGAACAACAACAAGGACAAGGGGCGGGCCAACCACAGUGCCUUUCUCUUCGGUUUCGGUGAUGGAGGUGGCGGCCCCACUCAGACCAUGCUGGACCGUUUGAGGCGCCUGAACAACACCGAUGGGCUGCCCAGGGUGCAGCUGUCCUCCCCAGACCAGCUCUUCAAGGCUCUAGAAAGUGACCAGGGCCAGCUGUGCACGUGGGUCGGGGAGCUCUUCCUGGAGCUGCACAAUGGUACCUACACCACCCAUGCCCAGAUCAAGAAGGGGAACCGGGAAUGCGAGCGGAUCCUGCAUGAUAUUGAGCUGCUCAGCAGCCUGGCUCUGGCCCGCAGUGCCCACUUCCUGUAUCCAGUAACCCAGCUGCAGCACCUCUGGAGGCUUCUGCUCCUGAACCAGUUCCAUGAUGUGGUGACUGGAAGCUGCAUCCAGCUGGUGGCAGAGGAUGCCAUGAAACACUAUGAAGAUAUCCGUUCCCAUGGCAAUACACUGCUCAGCGCUGCAGCUGGUGCUUUGUGUGCUGGGGAGCCUGGGCCUGAGGGCCUCCUGGUUGUCAACACACUGCCCUGGAAGCGCACAGAAGUGUUGUCCCUGCCCAAGCCUGGUGGGGCCCAGAGCCUUGCCCUGGUGACCGUGCCUAGCAUGGGCUAUGCACCUGCUCCCACCCCUUCCUCACCGCAGCCUCUGCAGCCCCAGCAGCCAGUGUUUGUGAUGCAGGAGACUGAUGGUUCUGUGACUCUGGACAACGGCAUCAUCCGAGUGAGACUGGAUCCAACUGGCCACCUGACGUCCCUAGUCUUGGUGGCCUCUGGCAGGGAGGCCAUUGCUGAAGGUGCUCUGGGAAACCAGUUUGUGCUGUUUGAUGAUGUCCCCUUGUACUGGGAUGCUUGGGACGUCAUGGACUACCACCUAGAGACACGGAAGCCUGUGGUGGGCCAGGCAGGGACCCUGUCUAUAGGCACUGAAGGUGGCCUUCGGGGCAGCGCCUGGUUUCUGCUACAGAUCAGCCCCAACAGUCGGCUCAGCCAGGAGGUUGUGCUGGACAUUGGCUGCCCCUAUGUCCGUUUCCACACUGAGGUACACUGGCAUGAGGCCCACAAGUUCCUAAAGGUGGAAUUCCCUGCCCGCGUGCGGAGCACCCAGGCCACCUAUGAGAUCCAAUUUGGGCACCUGCAGCGGCCUACGCACUCCAACACGUCCUGGGACUGGGCUCGAUUUGAGGUAUGGACCCACCGCUGGAUGGACCUGUCUGAGCAUGGCUUUGGGCUGGCCCUGCUUAACAACUGCAAGUAUGGGGCCUCAGCACGAGGCAACAUCCUCAGCCUAUCACUCCUUCGGGCUCCUAAAGCCCCUGAUGCCACUGCUGAUAUGGGGUGCCACGAAUUUACCUAUGCACUGAUGCCACAUGAGGGCUCCUUCCAGGAUGCUGGUGUUAUCCCUGCUGCUUACAGCCUCAACUUCCCAUUGUUGGCACUGCCAGUCCCAGGCCCAGCCCCAGCCACUGCCUGGAGUGCCUUUUCGCUCUCCUCACCAGCUGUCGUGUUGGAGACUGUCAAACAAGCUGAGGCCACAACCCAGAACUGCACGCUGGUCCUGCGACUGUACGAGGCCUAUGGCAGCCAUGUGGACUGCUGGGUGUACACAUCGCUUCCUGUUCAGGAGGCGGUCCUCUGCGACCUCCUGGAACGUAGAGAUCCUGCUGGUCAGCUGUCCUCAAGAUUCACGCCUGAAGGUCACCUUUUCUCCCUUCCAAGUGAGGUCUCUAGUGCUUGUGCUCCAGCCUCCAUCAAACUGAGUACCUAGGGGUAAUGUUUUGUUUGUGUAAGGCUUUGGGACCCAGUUGCUUCCCCAGCCUAAAACAAGGACCUGUCACCUCUGGCAUAAUAAAUUCUUAGGUGAGCAGCA